AGAAUCAGUUGAUGCCAAUUGAAGCUAGAUGAAACAGAAGCUUAUCUGGGAUCAGCCUCGAGAGAACUCAGUGAAAGAUGCUACUAGAAUCAUUAGAAGAUAAUUCAAUGUGUGACUUUUUCUUUUUGCGCUCAACUAAGUAGCUACAACAUUUAUCUUUCGUGUGAUCCUAGUACGUUACACUAGAAGUUGUUCCUGCUAGCACUUACAUCUUGUCCACUGUACUUCUUGUGAUUUUGAGGAAGCAAUCAUGAAUUACUAGAUGGUAUAGGUAUUCGGGGAAAAACGAUGACCGCCGCCGCUCCUCCUACUCCUUCUUCCAUACGACAGGAACUGCCUAGGUGUAGAAGCAAUACGCGGAGCGACUGCGACGUCGACUCUCAAUAAGACCUCCAUCACCAACAGCAGGCUUCUUCUGGGAGUAGAAUCAAUUAUUUGAAAAACGGAAAGCCAAAGAUGCAAGAGAACUCAACCCAAGGGAUGUCGGAAUUGAGCUCGACAGAAGCCGUACAUUAUGAUCGGCAGCUGCGAGUCUGGGGCGUCGCAGCUCAACAGCGACUCUCUCGCGCAUGCUUACUCUUUCUUUCCGUCGACGGCAUACAAGUUGAGCUGCUGAAGAACCUCGUUCUCUCAGGCGUUGGCAAGAUUCUGUUGGUGGAUUUCAUUGAAGACGAGUCACCAGGAAAUUGUAUCUCCACGGGUACUAGGGACGGCGCCAUCAUGGAUACACACACGACAUAUAUCAAUGGGAACAAUGGCGCUCGCGCUUCGACGAGAACAACAAGAAGAAGUAGAAGUCGAUCACGAAAUAGGGUCGUGUCGUCUUCUAGAAGUCCUCGUGCAUCAUCUCCCAAAAAGAAUAAUGGGACCAGCACCACGCUCACGUCUACAACUAAUACCGCGCCCGGAACGACCUCUAACACUUCUCCUGCUUCAGGAGCAGGCGCAGUCCUUGUGACAGAGUUAGAUGUUGAGAGCAAUUUUUUUCUGGAGCCAAAGGACAUAUGCAAGCCGAAGAUAUCCUGUAUUGCUGCGGCUGUUGGUGAGCUGAACCCGCUUGUCAAAGUCGAAGUAGUGCGCCUUAAUUCAGGAACGCUUGAAUCGUCGGUCUCCUUUCAAGCAGCGGACGUAGUUUUCGGCACCAUAGGUGGUCGCGGAUUGCAUUCAACAACUAAGGCAUCACGCUCAGAAACUAUAAUCGACAAUUCAUUUCUUUUCCAAACUUGUUGAUCCUAUUAUACUUGCGGGUGCUACUAUCUUGUAUCCUCGAGAGAUCUAAUUGCGGUAGCGAUGACAGUGUAGGUGGAAUAGCUCUCAGCGGCUCAUGAUCAAUCUCUAUUUUUACGAGACACAUGUUGAUGUUCUGUUGACCGACUAGACUUACUUGUUAAUCGAAAUGGGAAUAUCCGCCUCCCCACUAGUUGUAGUAUGCAACUCCUGCAGGUGGAUAUUACAUCCACAAGACAAGACGUACGACAUGUUGAUAAAGACUAGCUCUAAUCUAGGCGAUGGCGAGGACAGAACAAAAACCACGGGAGUGAGCUUCUGUGAAAGCUUGUCAGAGCUCUGUGCCAAACACGAUACUUCCUUGUUUCUACUCGCCCAUAGUGGCGUGUAUGGUUUCUGCUUUUCGCGCUUGGCAGAUGGAUGUUGUGGCGGCCAUCCAGCAACGCAACUGGCGUCACCAGGACCGACUUUUGCGGAACUACUGGCACAAGGACAACAGCAGGUCAACGUCAAGAACACAAAUACGAAACUACCAGCACACCCUGAGACUAGGAUCAAGAACGAUCAUAUUCGGCGGUUUUUCGAAGAGUUUUUCCGAGAGAAAGAACGCAAAGGCGCAGAUGAAGACGAUCAUUUCAGUUAUGGAAUAUUUUUAUUUGCCAGCAAUAAUUAACACUUUGUUUUGUUUCUAUGCAUACCAAGUUAGACUGUGGCUGCCAUUUCUAGUCGUACUCUAGGUAUGGCAUACUAUGAUGCUCCUGCUUCAACUUCUGCAUUUUCCAUAAAGCAUCUCUAAUUCUAUCGAUGCUUUCGUCUUCCCGCGCCCCUUGUUACGGUUUCGGCAACACUUGGCGGCGUUAUUUCGCAGGAAGUGAUUAAGGUGUUAACGGGCAAAGAUAAACCCCUGAGGAAUUGCGUCUUAGGGGAUUUGACGGAAAUGCUAGUCAUUGUCGAGGACAUCGUCGGAGCAGGCCAAUCGUGUGACAGGCCCGGUGUUAAUCUUAAUGCCACCAAGUCGAAGGGACAAGGAAGUGUUUCGUUAACAUCAGGCAAUCUUAGCAGUGGCGCUGGUGUCGGGAUCAUGGGUGAAAGACCUACUACAACUGCAAAUACAGCAGCGGGAGCCGCACAAGACGCGGAUGAAAUAGUAAUAUCUGACUCCGAGAAUGAGGAUAAGGAGCCAGGUGUAACUACAGAAGAAGCUAUUAAAGGAGGUCCAGUAGAGAAUAGAGGUGUCAAUGGUGCCACGAGUCCAGCCGUAAAAAAGGAAGAUGUUGUUGAUGUGAUCUCUCUGUCAGAUUCGGACUGAUUUCGUGUUGAAAAUCAGGCUUUGUGGUAUAUUAUCAUGGUCGUGACGAUUCUCGCUACCCCUAGUGUGCAAGAACGCCACGAUAUCAAUGUUUUGUUCACUUCAACAUAGCGAUUUCCUUUUUUUUGGUAAA